AUGGCUCCUAGAGGCUCAAAGCCGAAAAGUACGACCGGAAUAGUUUCCAGCAAAGAUCAGACCAAAGAGAUCACACUUGCUCCUCCGCGGCGACGCAGCAGUCGUGUUCAGACUCACCAAAAUGACUUUGAAGCAAAGCCAAAUUCAACAACAGAAACGGAGAAGAAACCAAAGCGUAGUGUAAAACACGCUUUGAAAACUGAAAUCAGCUCUAGUUCGGACCAACCGAAGGAAGUGAAAAGACAAACGCCCAAAAAGGAGAACACUCCUCCUGAAACCGGUUCAGAUGUUUUAUCACAUAACACGGCGGAGGUGGAACUACCAGCAACUCUAGAGGGCAAGCGAAAACGCAAGAGAAACACAGGUUAUGGUUUCUCGCCUUACCCGGAUUACCACCGUCCAACACCACAAGAAUGUGAAGAAGUUCAUCGGCUACUCGCCGAAGCCCAUGGCCGCGUCAAGCCAAGGACUGGACACAUGGCUCCUGUGAGAGGACGCGCUACUUGUGGCGAUGUUGAGCUACUCCUUGAUGCACUACUGAGAACGCUUCUCAGUGCCAACACCUCUAAUACGAACUCAAAUGCCGCUGUCACUUCUUUGGAGAAUACUUUCCCCGUCCCAGAGGGGAAGAAUGUAACUAUUGACUGGGCUGCGGUACAUGAAGCGACACAGAGUAAACUCGCCGAUGCACUUGCAUGUGGUGGGCUUCAAAAUGUGAAAGCAGGAUAUAUCAAGAAAACGCUACAGAAAGUUUUUGAUCAGAAUAUUCAGAGACGUGAUGCACUUCUCGCGGAACAGAAAACGGGUGUCGAAGCCGAUAUCCCUGGGGUAUCUACUCUCUCUUCGGAACAAAAGGCUGCGGAGAUUGCCCUUAUUUCUGAAGACCCAUUCUCCCUUGAGUGGGUGCGAGAAUUGGAAACAGCGGACGUCAUGGAAACACUAAUCAAAUUCCCGGGAAUUAGUUUCAAAACAGUCUCGUGUGCGAUACUUUUCAAUUUAAGGCGUCCAGCCUUCGCCGUAGACACUCAUGUCCACAGAAUGUGUAAAUGGCUCGGAUGGGUUCCCACGGGACCUGAUCAGCCAAAAGAUCAUCCAGAUAAGACGUUCUUUCACAUAGAUCUUCACGUUCCGGAUCACCUAAAACAUGCAUUACAUGUGCUGUUCAUUCGACAUGGAAAGAAGUGUUACCACUGCAAAGCGAAUACGAGUGUCGGCACCACAGCGUGGGAUGCAGUCGUCUGCCCAAUCGAACAUUUAUUAACUCGCAAAGAGCCAAAGAAACAGCCUGGCUACAGGCCAAGCGCCAGCGAAGCCAAAAAGCAAAUGAAAGAACUUGAGGAGGAAGACUCGGCGGAUGACAUUGAAGAGCUCAAUGGGUUGAAGCAAGAAGGGAAUGAAGAAACAGAGGGUAAUGAUUUUGAGGCAACCUUAGAGCCCCCAAAGCCUAAACGCAUGCGAAAGCUUGACAAAAGCCCACUGGCAAAGAGGGUGAGAAAUCGAGCACCUAAAUAG